AUGACGGGCCAUACCGUUCGCGGGCUUUUCCAUAAAAGAGCGUUUAUAGUGACGCGCUACUGCAGUGCCGCUUCCACCUUGUCGGAACCAACGCCGCUUGCAAUGUGGAGAAAGGCGCUACUUCCAUUCGUAUGCUGUCUAGCAUUUAGAGAAGCAUUGAGUGAUACAAAUGAAUCAAGGGCCACUUCGGUGAUAAAAGGUGAAGCAAGUAUCUCCCGUCUGUACCGCAAUGUUCCCGUCGGGGUUUAUGCCAGUAGUUCACCGUAUACAGCGUAUACCUUUCACGUUCCGACAGUGAUUACAGCACCGAAGAACAUGCGCGUUAUACCGGUUAAUGAAGAAAGUGUCAACCAUAAUACUUACAACACAAAUGGAUUCUUUAAGGAUUCUUACGGAAAUAGAUUUGUGAAUUCACCACAGACAUUAGGAAUUAAGGCAAAUUUCCCUCAACAAUAUUUACAGAUUCAAAAAUUACCAGCGCAUCUAUCACAGCCGUUAGUAUCUCCGCCAACCUAUCAGUUUAAGCAAGCCACACCACACUUCUUUGCACACACUCAAUUCAGGGGCUCCUCACCGUUUUCAAGAUACGCUGUAUCACAACCUGUUGUACAGGACGCUAACAUUAGAACCUUCUCUGCUUCUCCAGUUUUGCAACCCAACUUUAUUUCGCAUAACAAUUUUAAUUUACAUCCAGUUGCACAGCAACAAUCUACCAGUUAUAAACCUAUAUUUUCGAAUACACAAGCUCAUGAACAGUAUGAUAAAUUUAAAAACGAACCAAAGUUACAACGUUUACAAGAGAAUUUACGGGAAAAAGUGAAUAUUCAAAACGUACAUAUUGAUCAUGGAAACAAAAAUUACAACCAUCCUCAGCCUUUUCAUUUCGAAAAAGAGGUAUCGCCAGUAGCUCCAGCAAGAGAAACCAAAAUUACAACUUACACUCGUGAUGGUGAUAAGGCUAUAGUAAAUUUAGAAACAAAACCUUUGCAUCUAUUAGAUAUUAGUUUGCUUGAACCAUUGACAUUUGAUAAUCCACUUGUACCUCAAGUUCAGCAUUUUUUGCCAAGGAUAAAUGAAGCUACUUAUCACAAAUUGCCCGAAUAUAGCACAUAUGUAAACAGUGAAAAACGACAUAAAUCUGAAGAGGAGAAACCAAAAACUAACAAUGAUGGCAGUGCCAAAAGAAUUCCUAAAACAAAGAAUAAGUCAACAAAAACGAAACAUAAUGGUCCGUCAAAACAAAAUGAAAAUGAUAAAAACAGGCUUCCAACGCCAUCUAUUAAAAUUAAGGGGACCCGUUAUGUUAGUCCUGAGUACUCAUACGAAAUAAAUUCGCCCAAUUACAAAGAGACGUACAAAGAACAAAUAGUAAGAUACAAUAAAGAAACCAAUUCAGAUCCAGUUCACUAUAACUAUAACAAGGAUGCACAGUCAGAACCCAUCCAUUACAGCUAUAAAACCGAAACACAGUCUGAACCCAUACAUUAUACUUAUGAGAAGCAAGUCCAAAAGAAACCAGUGCAAUAUUAUAGUAACGUGCAUAAUUCAAAACAGCCGCAACAAGAGAAAAAGAUUUACUACGAAAAUGAAGAACAUUGCCCAAAACAAGUUUAUACAUUUAAAACUGAUAAUAGCAAUGAUGAACAGAAUAAUUAUGGUUCAUCGCAUGAAAAUGGAGAAUCAUCAUCUGAAGAUACAUCGGAAAAUGAGGGUUCAGUACAACGACCCUCAUUAAAAACCCAUGAUAUUGGACAUGAACAAUAUGCAGAUGAUCCGCAUUCUUCUCGUCAUCUUGUACCCGAACACAGAGAAGCCGAAGAAAAUCAUAAAAUAAUCCAAAAUGGUGCAAAAACAAUUAAUCAUGAUUUUCCGAAAUUCUUUGCUCAUAUAAUUAACGAUCAGGCUAACCGUGAUUACUUUAAACCUACACAUAAAUCCAAUGAGCACAUACGAGUAGACCCAAAUCAACACAUUCAACGACUGUAUCCAGCGCGCAAUCAGAAUGCGCAAAAAAAUAUUUAUUCACCAAAUCAACAUAAUCAUGAAAAGUCCAAACGUGUUAUAAUUAGAGAUGAAACUCCUGAUGGUAUCCACUCUCAUGAUGAAAAGCAAUAUACAGAAACGGUCGAUCAAGAGGAGAACAACGAAGAAAACUUUGAAAAGGCUUACAAGAACGCUGCCUUCGGAUUUCCCGCAUAUGAAUCAAAUUCAGAUGACCUUGAAAAGGAUAUUUACAAUCCCGAAACAUAUGGCGUCCCUCGUGACAGCUCUAAUUUUGAGCACGCUCCUUUUCAACAAUAUUAUGAAGAAGGUGACAAAUUUCCAAAAUAUACUCAUUCUAAUUAUAAAGACGCCAGAGAUAAAACUAAAGAAGAUUAUUAUUUAGAUUAUUCUAUUAAUAAACCUGAAAGUAUGAUAGAUAGGUACAAUAACAGAGUCGGGUAUUACAAGAUGUAUGGUAAUCAUAGACCUGGAAAAUAUUUUGGUUUCGACCAAGACGAAGAUAAGGAAAGUGAAAAACAAAUUGCUAAGUAUUCUAUUGCUCCUACUUUUUUGUUUAAUCAUGCACCUGAACAGAAACAAAAACAAGAAUUUGCAAAGAUCCAAACAUCACCAUACAUUUACGAAUAUGAUUAUACGAAAGAAGCUCCUCGUGACAAUACAGCAUACGGGAGCCAGCCGCAUCAAAGAUCUAAAACGAAGACUCAGUUUGUUGAACCUCAAUUCCAAUAUGGUUUUGAACCUUCGUCGCUUCCUAUUUUACUCGACAGUGAAUUAGCGACAAUGGCUAGCAACGUCAGCCCUGAAAACGAAAAGCCCGAAACGAGAAAAAAAGUUUACAAGGAAAAUUGGUAUAUCAAAAAGACGAGUACAUCAGGAGGGAGCCCAGCUAGCUGA